AUGACAUGUAGUGUCUGUCAUGUUAAGGGUCACAACAAAAGAGGUUGCCCUUUGAAAAGGAGUGAUGGAAUAAAUGUUCAACCUAACACUGGUUCAUCAACAAGCACUGCACAUGAUCAACCUAAAACUGCUUCAAAUCCAUCAGGUUUAGCAAGAGGAAGGGGCAGACCAAAAAAACCAACAACUAAAGCUGAGCCUGCUGCAAAGAGAGGGAUAGGUAGACCAAAGAGGUGCAAGAGGGGUGUAGGAAGGGAUGUUAAUCAUCCACUUGAAAGUUGGUUUACAUGUUCUCAAACAUCUGCUGGUUCUAGUUCAUCUGAUGCACCUAGUUCAGCUACUGCAAAUAGAGGAAAGGGAAAAGUUGUGGCAAGAACAACCCCAUAUAAAAGGCCAAGAGUGAUGGGCAUGGGUGUGUUUCAAGCCGAGAAUGGGGUCACAACUUUUAAUCCUGGGCUGCCAAGUCAGAGAAUUGUAUCUACUGGACCAAGAAAGAUAAUAAGAUUUGCUGAUGCAACUGGUGAUAUUUGUUUCAAACCAACAAGUGAACUGAAGUGGAAAGGAACUAAAUCAAUCACAACUAGAAGGCUUCAAGAGGUUAGAGAUCAAGCAAGGGCUACUGGUUCAAACAAUGCAAGUCAAAGUACCACUCCUUCAUUGCCAAGAGACCCAUGGAAUCUAUAAUGCUGAUAGUAAAUGUUGAUUUUG